AUGAAGCUCCUCAUCCUCAGCUGCCUUGUGGCUCUUGCUGUUGCCAGGCCUAUGGUGGAAAAGAUCUCAGAAACUGAGGAAUUUGUCACCGUCAUCCCGGAGAAUGAGCGUCAUCCUGAAAUCAACCGCUUUAUUCCCCUUGAAGCUGAAACGAUGAGCUUUUACGUGCCCGUUUACUGGCCCGAAGAAAUGCGUGACGCCAAGAUGACCAGCCCUCUAAAAGAGAAGAGAAUGACCCUCGCUAACCCUAUUGCCCCGGAGGAAGAGCUCCCUCACCUGCAGCACAAAUCUCUGUCUCUCGCUAAGCAAAGAUUCCUGGCUUCUCUUCGCCCCAAGGCGGCGCAGCCCUUCUAUGCCCCAAGGAUGGCCCCUCUCCCUCACAAACUGUUUACCAUGCCCAAGGAGCAGGCGCUGCCUAUUGCCAAGAGAGACAUGCUGUCCGCCGCCGAGCUCGUCAUCCCUGCAGUGCACGAGAGAGUCAUUCCAGCCAUUGACAAGAGAGAGCCCCUGCCGCUUCUUGCGAGAGAGAUGCCAGCUCUUCCCGACAAAGAGAUUCAACAACUGGCUGUGCCCUUCGUCCGCAGAGAGAGCGCGCUCCCUCACCAGAGAGCCAUCGUGCCUGUCGCCACCCCCGCCGCCGCCGUGAGGGAGAGCCUGCCUCUGGUCCAGCAGGAAGUCGUGCCUCCCAUCAUGCCUCUCGAUGUCUACCUGGUCCGCCACCCAGAGGUCAGCUUCUACAAUCCCACCGAGGUGAGUGGACUCCACGUCGUGAUCACGUGCCCCGGCAACGCCCGCAUUCAAAGCAAAGGCAACAAACGUUCUUGCGAGAAGAGGUUACCAAACUUCCAAAAAGACAUGCGGAACAAAAAUGGUUAA